CACAAACUGAGCACCUCUCUCUCUCUCUCUCUAUCUUUCUCUCUCUUCUGAACUGCUAGGGUUUGCGAGCUCUGAAAAUGGCGCCGAAGAAACGCAAGGCUGACGAGGAACCCGAGCCGGCCAAGAGCCCCGUCGAGUCAACUCGGAUGGUGACUCGUGGCUCGGAAGCCGCGGCUCGGCGGCAGACUCGGAGCUCCACUCAGGGAGGUGAUGCUAAGAGUGUGAAACCGGUGCCUAAGAAACCGGCGGCGGCGAGGAAGAAGAGCAAGAAGAAGAAAGAGGAGGCCAAAUCGGAGCAAGGCGAGGAGGCCGAGUCUGAUGAAGAAGUCGACAAGGUUGAAGAUGAGGAAGUGAACACCAAGACUAUUGUGAUUGAACGCUGCACGCAAUGCAAUUCAUUUAAGACAAGGGCCGAUCAGGUGAGAGCUAGUUUGGAGAGUCUGCCUGGCAUCACUGUGAAAAUUAACCCUGUUAAGCCAAGAAGGGGAUGCUUUGAGAUACGGGAAGAAGGUGGUGAGAAGUUCAUCAGUCUUUUGGACAUGAAGCGACCAUUUAAACCAAUGAAGGACCUGAACAUGCAGGAAGUAAUUGACAAUAUAAUUCAGAAGAUCCAGUGAAUGAGAGGUGAUGCAUGGCAGGGCGCAGUAGAGUUUUGUAUUAGAUGGGAAAAUAUCUUUUUGUUGUAAGCAUGUUUCACUUGCUUCUUUGGAAGUAGAAACAUGCAAGUACUAUCCUAUGGUUCUCAUUGAGUCCUUUUCUGAAUGGACCAAAUGAUUACUUUCCCGUUAACAGCUUGGUGAUCUUGACUUUCUUAG